CACCACUGUUCUUCUUGAAAAGCUAUUGAGAAAUGAAUGGUGGUUUGGUGUGGCAAAAAUGAGAGGAGAAAGAAAGAGUUGGUUAUUGUGAGCAAAAUGGCCAUUGGCCUUCAGUCGUACUAUACAUUUUGUCAAGCUCUUUCUCUACCGGUUCUAGGCAAGCUGAUAAAAUUGAGUCAGAAGAAGAAAAACACCUCUGCAGGACUUUUCUUCUGUGGCUUCAACAGGCCCCAGCCAAUGGAGUACCCCAGGAUACCAUGGCACAUUCUACAUCUCAAUACUCUCUUAUAGAAGUCCCAUGACAAAUGGUUUCAGUAUUCUAAUGUUCUAAUUGACCCCAGACUUCUGACCACAUCAUCUGGAAAAGAGAGAGGGAGUAACCGGAAGAAGCCAACCAAUGAGUGGCUGUUCUGUUUUUCUUUUGAUCAUCAUGAUCACCUUCAUACCUGGGUAUGUGGGAACUAAGCUAAGACUGUCUCGACAAGGACUAAGUGACUGCCAACUCACUGAAGGUCUCCGUGGAUUCAGAGUCAAACGUGGCUGGAUCUGGAACCAACUGUUAGUUGAAGAAGAAGAUCCAACUCCAAAAAUAAUUGGACAGCUAAAAUCAACCUACGACACAGGAGACUUUGCCAUCCACUAUAUCCUUUCUGGAGAGGGAGCAGGAGAGAUCUUUUACAUUGAUGAGUUCACUGGUGAAAUUCAUGUUCAUAAGAGCUUGGACAGGGAAAAGAAGGCAUUCUAUGUGCUCCACGCUGAAGCUAUUGACCGUAGAACUGGCCAGCCAGUGGAGCCUGAGUCAGAGUUCAUCAUCAAAGUCCAGGAUGUCAAUGACAAUGCUCCUCAUUUCAUAAAUGAACCUUACACUUCCAGUAUCCCUGAAAUGAGUCCAAUGGGGACUACAGUGCUUCAAGUGACAGCCAUAGAUGCAGAUGACCCCAUGUUUGGGAAUAAUGCUAAACUCAUCUAUUCCAUUCAGCAAGGAGAGCCCUACUUCUCAGUGGAGCCAAAGACAGGCACAAUAGUGACAUCCUGGCCAAACAUUGACAGAGAAGCAAGUGAGAAGUACUUUGUUGUAAUUCAGGUGAAAGACAUGCUUGGAAAUACUGGAGGCUACAGUGCUACAACAACAGUGACCAUCACCCUAACUGAUGUGAAUGACAAUGGGCCUACCUUUCAACAUAACCUGUACACAUUUGCCAUUCUGGAAUCAGCACCUGUUGGCACAACAGUUGGUAGGGUCAUGGCAGAGGAUGCUGAUUUUGGCAUAAAUGCCAGGAUGAACUACACUCUAGAUGACCUGGAGGAAAGCGCCACUUUCAGGAUCCAGACAGACCCUACCACAGAGGAGGGUAUAGUGAUACUGGCCAGACCUUUAGAUUAUGAGAGCAAGAGGCGCUUUGUGAUUGCCAUAGAGGCCAUAAAUUCUUUUGUGGACACACGAUUCCUAAGCAUCAAUGAAUUUCGGGACAGGACAAUGCUCAAAAUCUUGGUGAUGGAUGUUGAUGAACCACCUGUCUUUUCUGCACCAUUCUAUGAGUGGAAAAUUCUAGAGAAUGCACCUGUUGGUACAUUAGUUGGCACAGUAUGUGCCAGAGAUGCAGAUGCUGCAAAUAACCCUAUCAGGUUUUCCAUAUCCAAUAACAUUAAGCUGAAGAAUGUCUUUAGGAUUGAUAACAAUAAUGGAACAGUGUUUCUGGUCAAACCUCUGGACAGAGAGACUGCAGCAUGGCAAAAUCUUACUAUUAUUGCUAAAGAAACAAAUAAAAAUCAACUCUCCUCAGUUUCUGUGGUCAUUCAAGUCCUAGAUGUCAAUGACAACAUACCCACUCUGUCUAGGGACUACCAGCCUUAUGUGUGUGAGGGCACACAGGCAGGGGAAGUCAUCCAGGUUAUAAGUGCUAUGGAUGCAGAUGAUCCAGCAGAAGGUCAUCAUUUUUAUUUUUCCAUGAUGCCAGAUAAAAUCCUUAACCCCAACUUCACCAUCAGGGACAACCAAGACAACACAGCAGGCAUUUUGACCCGUCGUAGCACAUUUACACGUCAUGAUCGUAUACUUUAUCAACUUCCUGUGGUCAUAACAGACAGUGGCUCUCCUCCUCUAUCCAGCACGGCCACUUUCACCAUCAGUGUGUGUGUAUGCCAGUCUAGAGGGCACUGCGAAUCUAGUGGAAUGGAAGCACUGGCCCUAUCUAUGCAGGCCCUUCUAGGCCUCUCGAUUUGCUUCAUCACAGUAAUAGUGCUUGCAUUACUAAUGGUAGCUGUGUGGAAACACAAGAUAGUACAACAGCAGAAACCUGUCAUGGAGGAGCUUGACACAGAGGAGUACUCAAAGAAAAUCAUACAUUUUGAUGAGAGUGAAGGUAUUCCGGAUGCACCCAACCAGAUAGUGCCACUAAGGCCACACCCACACUGCCGCAAGAGCACAUUUUGUAGAGAGGAAAUGGCAGCAAGUGUACGUCUAUCUCUAUGUCACUCUCACCUUAUUGGUCCGGAGGAUGAAGUCUUCCACCAAUUUAUGAUAGAUCGGCUGGCUGAGGCUGACCAGGACCCCUGUGUCCCUCCCUAUGACUGCUUGCACUAUUAUGUUUUUGAGGGUACUGGAUCACUCGCAGGCUCCCUUAGUUCAUUGGAGUCCUCAAACUUUGACCCUUAUUUAAAUCGGCCAUAUGACCCUGGCCCAGGGUUUUUAAGACUGUCUCGCUGGCAAGGUGCUAAUGAUUAUGAUACAUCAUUCUGAACUGAAGAAAAAUAAAGGUAUAACAGUAAAAAUUAUGUGUUGGAUUUACUUAAAAAUAUACAUGCACUAUUUUUUGCAUCACACUUUUUAGGUAAAUUCAACUUAAAGCAAUUUAAUGUAAAAUUGAGAAGAAAAGGUUUGUUAAGGUACAUAAAUAUUUGAGUUAAGUGUACAUAAAUGUACAAACAUCCUUUAAUCAAAAAAAUGGAUUUACCAGUAAAAUUCAAGUUGUGUAAAUUAAAUAAUUAAGCUUUUAUACAUUUAGAUCUAGAGCUAUUGAAUAAAUAUAUAGGCAAACUGGUCUGCAUUACAUCAAAACAUUCAGUGUCUUAAACAAACUAUACAAUUAGUAUAUUAAUUAGUAAAUAAACAUUUUAUUUUUGAAUGAAGCUUGCAAUACUAUGGUAUACAAAUAAACUGAGUACAGCUUAAUAAGAAAAUUGUGUUUUGUUUUGUUUGGUUUGGUUUUGAUUACAAUACUUCUCCACAAAGUAAAAUAGACCGAAAACCAAAAAUCAUAUCAAAUUAUAUAAAAUAAUACGUCUGAAAAGUAUGUGGCAAAGUUGAUAAAAGGAAGUGCACAACAAGUCCAUUUCUUUAUUUUUAACCUUUGCAAUCCUUCAUCAAAGACUAACAUUUCUCCAACAUUUACUUCUGGAACAUGGAACAAAUUUCACAAUUUUCACAAAAGAGAGUGCAGGCUAACAAUGAAGAACCUGUGAACCAAUGAAGUUGUUGGAAAGUAAUAGUCAGUACAAUAACAAUGAAAUCUUUUAUUUCAAUAAAGAAUCCUGUUCUUCAGAGAAUUAAUCUUUAGAGAAAGUUUGCCAUUGCACUGCUCAAAAAAAAAAACUUAAAAAAAUAAGGAAAAAAAAAAGAAAAAAUUCAAAUGUAUAUCUGAGUUCUUUAAGGAAACUCAAAUUAUUUAUGUAUAAUAGGCCAUAUAGCAAAGCACAAGCCUUUAGGCAAACCUCUAUGCCUUCCAGCAUUGUCCCAGUCUCUGAUCUGAAGGUUCAUCCAUGAAACCACCUUUCAUGAGAAUCCUCAGUGUGUGCUGUACCAGUUCAUCCAGGUCCACAUAAGUGUCCUUACAAAAUUACUUUACAAAUAUUAUUUGGCAUGUUUCCAAUCGGUUUAUAGUGGGGAAAAAUAUAGUGCAUUUAAAUAACAGAAAAUGAGAUAUUUAAUAAAUAAAAUAAAUGUUACAUUCUGUUGUGUCAUUUCAAUCUAAUUGGGUAACAUUGAUUGCAAUUGUCCAAGAUGUAUAUGAUUUACUAUCUUCAGAUGAACAAAAAUCCAAAAAAGCUAUUGCUUUAAAAAUCCUUCAAAGUGAAGAGUAACUAAUCCAUACAACCCCAGUUGAUGAUCAAAUGUCUUCUGAAGCAAAAGUUCGGCAUAUGUCAUAAAAUUACUAAUGCUCUAUAGGCAUGAACAGAAAUCCAGUAAGCCCCCUCAGUUUAGUGAAAUCAGGAAUAUGGAAAGAUGUUGAACAUGUUU